AUGAAAUACUUAUUAAUUUUUACAAUACUGUUCUAUUGUAUUGAUUGUUAGAAAUAACAAUUCACUUAUAGGUUUUCUGAUGGCUCAAAAAGAAAAUUAGAAGAACUUAAACCUAAUAUUAGUGAAAAGGAAUGGGAGCCUUUAAGAAUACAUUUUGAAUAUUUAUCAUCAAAUUAUAAUGAAAAUUACACCUCAUAUAUAACAGAAAUACUUGAAAUGGUCUCAAUAUUUUUUUAUAGAUUUCUUUUAGUUAAGAGAAUGAAUGAAAAAAUUACUUUUAAAGAAAGUUAUCCAAAAUAAUUUUAUGGUUUUCAAAUAAUGUAAAGUUUAAUGGAUUAAUAAUAUGAUGCAGAUUUAGUAUAAUCAUUUCAAAUUUUAGGUUAUAUUUGUAAAUAUUGAAAACUCAACAAAAUUUUAUAAAGCCUAUUGUGGUCCAACUGUUUAUGAUGAAUUAUCUUUGAGACCAAUAAUAGCAUUAAUGUCUUGGAAUAUUAACUACACAAAAAUUGAUAAAACUAAUAAAAUUAUAUAUGAAAGUAAUUUAGAAAGUGCAAUCCAUGAAAUAAUACAUGGUUUAGGUAUAACUUAUGACUAUUUUUCAAAAUAUUAUGAUUCAGUAACAGGGAAGAAUUAUGAAAAUCCUAAUUUCUAUAAAUAAAACAAUAUUACAUACUUAUCAACACCAAGAUUAAUUAAUUUUGCUAGAAUAUAUUUUAAUUGUUCAAAUCUAAAAGGUAUUUAAAUGGAAGACAAUGGAGGUCCAGGAACAAGUGAUUUUCAUUUUGAAAGAUUAUUAUUAUAUAAUGAGCUUAUGACUGGAUCAUAAUUAACUGGAAAUCUUUUAAUAACUGAUUUUACAUUUUAAUUAUUACAAGACACAGGGUAAGAAUAAUUAAUAAAUAGAUUUUAUCGUAUAUCAGAUUAUAAACCAGAUUAAAGUUAAUGGGGAAGAAAUAAAGGAUGUGAAUUUGUUGAAAAUUAUUGUAAUAAUAAUAAUUUUACUGAAUUUUGUUAUUAAAAAAAUAUUGAGAGUUGCUCAUAUGAAAGAACAGGACAAUCAAUAUGUAUGUAAGAAAUUUUAAGUGGACAAUGCAUGUAUUAAUAGAUUUAUACAGAUUAAUUUUGUAAAAAUGAUUAAAAUUAAGUUUAAAAUUAGUCUUCAUAAAUAAUUACGUAUUAUGGUUCUGAUAGUAUCUGUUUAGAUGGAUCAAUCUCACCAAUAGAAUCCUAUUAAAAAUUUACAUGUCAAAAAUUUAAAUGUGAUAUAAAUAAUAAAUUGAAGAUAAUAAUUGGUGAUUUAGAAUUUGAUUGCUCUUAAUCAGGUCCAAUUUAAAUACCAAAUGAUUUCUUUGGCAAUUUAGAAUGUCCUAAUAAUCCAGAGAAUGUGUGUUUAUUCAGAAAUGAUUGUCCUAAUUCAUGUGGUUUGAAAGGAUUUUGUAUCAAUAAACAGGUUAUUAUUUAUUAUAUAUUAUAGUGUAUUUGUUCUAAGGGUUAUUCUGGAUUAGAUUGUCAAUAAAUAUGUGAUGGUUAUAGAUAUCAAGGAUCAUGUUUAUAAAAUUGUCCAAAUUUAACAUAUCCCUUAGAUUUAAUUAAAUAUUGUAUAGGAUGUCCUGGAGUAAAAUUAUUAUCUAAUUUAGAAUUGUUUAAGUUGUUCAAAUUAUAAUUAAUGCACUAAAUGUAAAUCUGGAUAUUUUUUGAGAGAAGGAUUUUGUGACAAUCUUUUAUUGGACAAAGAAUUGGAUUCUUAAAAUCCAGAAUAUAUUAAUGGUAUUUAUAUACAAUAAAAUUGAAAGAAAAUAAUAAUCCCUAAUCAUCCGAUACAAACUCUGCAGAAAUAGUAAUUUCAACUAAUUCUAAUAUAUUUUUGAUGUGUAUAAUUUUAUUCAUGUUAUUAUAUUGA